CUCUAUGGUGAUGACACGUUCAUUGGUCACGACCUUGGAUAUCUACUGCAAGCAUGGCGAAUAAAGAGCCCAACCGUUUCCUGACAAACCUGAGGGACCUGGCCAGUCGUAUGUCUGGCGCAGGGGGCAAGGGAGCAGGAAUAGGCCUCAAGCUGCUCAUUGGGGCUGGAGCUCUGGCUUAUGGGGUCAAAGAAGCUACAUUCACAGUGGAUGGAGGUCAGAGAGCAAUCAUCUUCAACAGAAUCGGGGGGAUGCAGAUGGACACAGUGCUGGCUGAAGGACUACACUUCAGGAUACCAUGGAUCCAGUACCCCAUAAUCUAUGACAUCAGAGCCAGGCCCAGGAAGAUUGCUUCACUAACUGGAAGCAAAGAUCUGCAGAUGAUUAACAUUGGGCUGCGUGUGCUGUCCCGUCCUGUGGCCGCCAACCUGCCUGCCAUGUACCAGCAGCUGGGGAAGGACUAUGACGAGAGAGUACUACCCUCCAUCGUCAACGAGGUGCUGAAGAGCGUGGUGGCCAAGUUCAAUGCCUCGCAGCUCAUCACUCAGAGAGCACAGGUGUCAUUGUUGAUUCGCCGAGAGCUGUUUGAGAGAGCCAAAGACUUCAACAUUAUCCUCGAUGACGUGGCCAUCACAGAGCUAAGCUUCAGCAGAGAGUACACAGCUGCCGUAGAGGCCAAACAAGUUGCCCAGCAGGAGGCCCAGAGAGCCCAGUUCUACGUGGAGAAAGCCAAACAAGACCAGAGACAUAAGAUUAUCCAGGCGGAGGGAGAGGCAGAGGCUGCCAAGAUGUUGGGACAAGCAGUGACAAAGAAUCCUGGAUACCUGAAGCUUCGACGAAUUAGAGCUGCCCAGGCCAUUGCUAAGACGGUGGCAACGUCCCAGAACAAAGUGUACCUUUCCGCAGACAACCUGGUCCUUAACCUUCAAGACGACUCUUUUAACAAUCUAUCACUGGGAAAGAAGUAGGCUCUAGCAUUCCACCUGUCUGAGGCUCCAUCCACAGCUCAGACCAGUUUGUCGCUGUCUGUCCAAUUGCCUAUAUCUCUGAUUGUAUAACCAAGUGGCUUACCAACUCACUGGAGAAGACUCUAAAGCAUCGGAUUGCUCUGUAAAGUUGACUUAUGGGGCUAGUGCUGUAUGCAUGACAUGGCUAGGGCCAGGCGGAACCUGCAGCUAUAUAAUAUCUUCAUGGUCCACUCCAGAAAGGAUCUGAAAUCAAUGUUUGUGGAUUCAAACCAAAUAGCACUAGCCUCUAAGACAUAAUCAGCUGCUUUGUUAUUAAUACGUUGUGCAGAUGAUGCUGUAAUGAAAUAGAUAAGGAACUCUACAUGUUAUGUCUGGCCCUAGAUGUGUUCAUGUGUUUUGAGGACAGCAGGACUCUUGGGGAUUCAAAUGCAUCAGAGUUUGAUUGGACAAAUGCUUUACUGGAAUGGUGUAUAAAAAAAAUAAACAAUAUUUG